AUGGUAGAAGCUGCUGCCGUCCGCGAUCUUCAAGAAGCCUCCAUCUACGAAGAAUACGCCAUCCCCAAGUUGUAUGUCAAGUUGCACUACUGUAUCUCCUGUGCUAUCCACGCUCGUGUUGUCCGUGUCCGUUCCGUCGUCAGCCGUCGCAACCGUGCUCCUCCUCCACGAUUCAGAUUCCAAAAGGCUGCUAACAAGGCUUAGAUUGAUAGUUUGAUUCAAAUAGUUGGAAAUAAAGACUUUACGAUGUUUUUGUUAUUCUGUCUCUCUUUUUUUUUUUUAUUAUUUUU